AUCGAGAGAUGAAUGUUGCUGACCGCUUGCUUCUCUAGUUAUACCAACUUUAGUAACGACUGCACAAUAGCAAUACACAGUGUCCAAGGAGCCACGCGCUCAACCAAAAGCCAGUCUAUUAUGGACAGCUGUGGUUAUUUAAUUAUUUAACUAAUUUGUUUAUUUACUAUUUGAACUGUUGUUAUUAUUAUUAUUAUUAUUAUUAUUAUUAUUUGUUAUUAUUAUUAUUAUUAUUAUUAUUAUUAUUAUUAUUAUUAUUAUUAUUAUUAUUUAUUUUUUAAUCUAAUUUAAUUGUAUUUUAUUUUUUAGGGAUGUAGGUAAGAGUUGGAAAAUUGUAGUUCUGUUGUUGCUAUGGAAGUUGUUAACCGUUUAUAAAAUAAAAAAAAAGAUGAAUAAAUUGUUUUAAAAAAUGUUUUUUUGAGAAUACAAUUUUUUCUUAAUCAUUAUUAAAAAAAGAACUUUCUUGAAUCCUUUUGCUGCCUUAAAGACGUCUUCGGGGGAAGUUUCCCACUCGAUACUCAUUUUUCUAUUUAUUCUGACAGACCCCUGAACGCAGCGUAACGUUGACAACAGACACUAGAGCAUUUAUUUCUCUGCUAAAUUUAAGAAAACAGUGGUAAAUGUGAACUUUGGCGGUUUUCCCGUUUCAACCAGAGGUGUAGAUGUUCAUUUAAAAUUGUAAUUUUAUGGAGAAACACUGGUGUAUUUAUGAGGAACCAACAACUCAGACUGGGGAACCGAGUUAGCCAGUUAGCUACAAACUUAGUUACUCUGUUAUGUCUUAAAAAACAAACAAAGUUAGUCACUUUGUGGGUUUAUGGUUACAAAAAGAUUAGUUCCUUGGUUAAUUGCUGCAGAAAUAGCAUUGUGUUGUUCUGUAGAAACUCACACCAUGUCCAGUAUCCACACAGUGUUUGUUUUUGCUGUUGUAGCAGCAGUAAGUGUCCCCCCUGUCCAUGUCCUUGAGUUCUGCCAAAGCACUGACCCAGACUGCCACAGUCAUGACACCUUCAGGUCCAGGUGGAACAAAUCUGUCUCAAACCUCACACAGAAUCUGGACCGAUUCAGCAUCUCUUGCAAGAAGCUCAUGGGUAAAACAGAUUCUGAUGUUAUCAGAGUUUUAACUCAUUAAAGGUUUGUUCACAGUUAUUCCUCUUUUGCAGAAUCAUUCCCAGUCGAUGAGGUUGAUGGAGACUUUGUCCGCACUGUGAAGAACUGCAUCUUCUCCAAAUCCAUUCCCACACCGCUGAAAGGCCCGUUAAGACUGGCAGCAGUUUCCAAGGUGGUGUUUUCAUAUAAACAGCAUCAUUUUAAGGUUUAUUGAACAGCAGCAGAUGUUUCAUUUUCAAUUUCCGUCCACAGGAUGUCAUUGAAGGUAUCUUGGAUUUGGACUUGGCUCUAACUCAGUCUGAUGACUUCCUUGGUUUUGUGAGUGGGAGUCAACUGCUUCCAGGAUCUGAACCUCUUACGCACCGAUACGGAGGUCACCAGGUAGAGUUAACCUGAACACAUUCAGCAUAAAGUCACUUUUCAUGAAGAAAGAAAGAGUUUCAAACCCUUAAUUUGUCUCACAGUAAUCAAUCAUGUUUGAUGAUAUUGAAAUGUACAGAUAAUUUCUUCCUCUCCACCAGUUUGGAUAUUGGGCGGGUCAGCUGGGCGAUGGUCGAGCCCACGCUCUUGGUCAGUAUACAAACAGGUGAGGGUUUUUUUAAGUAGGUUCUUUGCAUAUUUAUAGCACUGUUUGUUUAAGCUGCAUCAAAAGUUAAAGCUUUGACUUUUUACAAUGAACAACAGGAGAGGAGAAGUAUGGGAGCUGCAGCUGAAAGGCUCUGGGAAAACACCAUAUUCAAGGUAUGCUGUGUCUUUGUGUAACUGGCAUCCUUUCUACCCUUCCUUCCACUUAUCUCUGAACAAAAAGUUUCAUUAUGAGGUUUUAAUACGUCACAACAGAUCAGGAGACGGUCGAGCUGUGAUUCGUUCCUCUGUCAGAGAGUUCCUGUGCAGUGAAGCCAUGUUCGCCCUGGGAGUACCAACCAGCAGAGCUGCAACGUGAGACUAAUGCAUCUACUACGUGUGCAGUUUUUAGUGUAUUUGAUUAUGAUACAAAAGUAUUUCACCUGUGAGCUGUGAGGUGUUUAAAAAAUCAUUUUCUGAAGUGUUCCCUGUUCAUCGUUUUCUCUGUUUUAGUCUGGUUGUAAGUGAGGAGCCGGUGUUCAGGGAUCAGUUCUACAACGGCAAUAUGAAGACAGAGAGAGGUACAGGUGCUCAUCUGAAAAUACUUCAAACCUACAUUUUAAUGAUGAUUAUUAGCUAAUCUUUAUGGUAUAUUGUAAUCAAGUGUUUGAUGUUGUUCAUUUUCACCAGGAGCAGUUGUUCUCCGUUUAGCCAAGUCCUGGUUUCGGAUCGGAUCUUUGGAAAUUUUGGCUAAAAGCGGAGAAGUGGAUCUCCUGAGGUGAGUCUCAGUGGUCUUUUAUUUCACAUACUACAGCUACUGUAACUGUUGGACAAAACAAUUUUAAUAUUCACCAAAUUUAAUUCUGUUAGAAAGCUGUUGGACUUUGUGAUAGAGGAACAUUUUACCUCAAUAAACCCAGAUGACCCUGAUAAAUAUCUGGUAAGUUUGGUCAACAGUUUGAAUUUGAUGUUUCUUGAAUAGACAUUUUAAGUCUUACAGUAUAUCCAAGUUUAUAUACAAGUGUGCUUUGUAUUCUCAUUUUUUCAGGUGUUUUAUUCCACGGUUGUAAGUGAAACCGCACACCUGAUAGCACACUGGAUGUCAGUCGGUUUUGCACACGGUGAGAAACUCUCUUGCUUCAUCAUCUCAUAUUUAAGUCGUCAUCCACAUCCACUAACAUGCGCGGUGUUUUUACAACAGGUGUGUGCAACACGGACAACUUCAGUCUCCUCUCCAUCACCAUCGACUACGGGCCGUUUGGCUUCAUGGAGUCCUAUAACCCCAGUGUGUACGAUCAUGCAUGUCCGUGUAUCAUCAACAUAAGUGUCUGUAUGUCCUGCUUUAGUCAAACAGAGCUGUGAUUUUGCAGAUUUUGUCCCCAACACGUCCGACGAUGAGGGCAGGUACAGAAUAGGAGCUCAGGCGGACGUCGGACUGUUCAACCUGGAGAAGCUCCUGCUGGCUCUGAGUCCGGUGCUGUCCGGAAAACAGCAGAAAGAGUGAGGACACCAAGUUUAUGAAGAUACCAGACCGUUUGUUUGCAUAUUAACCGAUUUUUCAUCUUUUCAGGGCUUACAUGAUUUUAAAAGGAUAUGCAGAUAUUUAUCAAGAGAGGUGAGGCUCCAUGUUUUCUCUUGUACUUUUUCUAAUAAAUGAUUGUACACCGCAGGUUACUUAUAUUAUUUUUCUAGACUAACACAUGGGUUUAUUUCAGGAUUUAUGAGCUGUUCAAAGCCAAACUGGGGCUUCAGGGUGAAGAAGAGGAUGAUGGGUACAUUAUUGCCCUUCUGCUGAAAGUAAGUCCAAAACAAAGUCCCACUUUAUGCUAACAGGCACUAGUGAAUCGUUAAAUCUUUUCAGUGAAUGAGAUUAAUUUGUGUUUUUCUCUACAGCUGAUGGAGGACACUCGGUCAGACUUCACCAUGACGUUCAGAGAACUCAGUGAGCUUUCAGACCAGCAGCUUCAGAACCAGGAUUUCACACAGGUAGAUGUAAAGAUAGUUUAAAAGUUUAGUGAAUUUACCAAUAGUUUAUAGUUAAUAGUUAAAUUUGCACAUCUAUUCUGAAAUUCAGCCUUAAGUUGAUGCCGUUCGUUUCAUGAAUUUUACCUCUCUGGUUUCUGUGUUAGACAUGGGCUCUGGAAGAUUUGUCAUCCCAUGAGCUCUUCUCUGAUUGGCUCGGCUUGUACCUGCAGCGGCUCAGCAGGUAUGACCUAAAAAAAAAGAUGUAAAGCUGUUCACACAAAGUGAUUAAUUUUGCGUGGAAAUUCAGAUUUUUUCACUUAUUUGCCUGAAUGUUGAUGAAGUAGGAUUUCAAUUCAAACCCUUUCACUGUGUUUAGACAAAACGAAAGUGACGUGGAUCGCCAAAACAGAAUGAAAAGUAAGCCACUCGUGUUAUUUAUCCCUGAAAUACUAUAUAAGUUUAAUAUCUUUGUCUAAAUGUGAGAAGUAUUUUGCAGAUGUAAAUCCCAGAUAUGUGCUGAGGAACUGGAUGGCUGAGUCUGCAAUAAAGAAAACUGAGAUAAACGAUUUUUCUGAGGUGCGUUGUUCAUUUAACAAAAAUAUAACUGUUCAUUUUUACUCCUCACUGUGUGUUCACCUCUCAUUUCUCUCUCUCUGGUGUCACAUAUUUGUCUCCCACUAGGUGGAGCUGCUGCACCGUACCCUGUCCUCUCCAUUUGUUACACAAGACACUGCAGAGAAGGCGGGAUAUGCAGCAAGACCUCCACAAUGGGCGAGAAGGUUAAAGGUCAGCUGUUCCUCCUGAAUGACACCUGGAUGUUGAAGAAACAAUAAAUUUGAUCAAUUUUAAACCCCGUAA